AAGCGUUUUCAUCAGUCAGUGCCGGUGUCACGAUGGGGAAGAUACAGGAGUCAAAAUACCGACAAGCGUCAAACUUUUUCCGUCAUUUUUUUGUGUUGAAAGCAAGGCAAUCAAAAAUGGAGAAGGUCUUAUUUGUCUUACUGAUUCUCACCGUUUGUGCCAUUUUCUACUCAAUUACCACCGACUUGGGUUCAACUUACUUCCGACCCACAGGGAUGGAAGUCAUGGAGGAAAGCAGGACAGAAGAACUUCAAGGAACCGCACAAAACAGAACAGAGGCAAAAGAGGAAGACCAAAAGCCAAAAGAAGCCCAACCAGAUCCAAAUCAGCCACAGGACAGAGAAGAUACCUCAGCAGAAGAGGAACCAGAACCUGACAAUACCCCAAUUGCCUGCAAAAAUUUCAAUCCAGACCUAGAAGACACACAAGAAAUCCAGUACUUGACUAUAGGGGACAGGAGGCCCAGGAAGCAUCAGCAGUGCAACCAGGAACCCUGGGUUUACUUCAAAGAUGAUAAGAUUUACAUUGAUCAAGAGAAGUAUGGUCCCAUGACUUGUACUUUUGAGGGCCAAAAAAUAUCGCAAUGGCCAAGCACAGAAUUGGCGGACCCAGUGGGGCUCUUUGCUGAUGACGCAUACCCAUUACUCUGGGAUGAGUUUAGGCGAUAUGGAUACGUAACAGCUUUCCAGGAGGAACAAUCCACCACAACGGGAGUUUUCAACCACCUGGGCAGGGGUUUCCGGUACAGACCUACUGAUCAUUAUGCAAGGCCAUUCCACAUUCAGAGAGACGCACUUGGAAUUCACCAAACUGGAUGCUACAUGAACAUCACUUCCAACAUGCUAGGCAUGAUUGACGGAGAAUUCCGCGCAUUUCUCAAAUGGCUUCAAGAUUCAGAAACUUUGGAAAACACCAUUUUGAUCAUAUUUGGAGACUACGGGAAGAAAGCCGGGUCAAAAAGUAACACACAUCAAGGAAGAAACGAGGAAAGAAGACCUCUGAUGUACAUAAAAUUACCGCAGUGGUUCCGGGAGUCCAAUCCAGUCAUCGUGAGGAACCUCGAGAAAAACUCGGAACUCCUCACGACCCCGCUGGACAUCGCAAAAACCCUCAAAGACAUCCUCGUACUCAAAAAAAUCAACUUCGCGAAAAGGCAAAGUAGGAAGAAACAGGCCCUCAACCUUUUCCGCCCCGUCCCGAGGACAAGGACAUGCGCAGACGCCGGCAUCGACCCGAAAUGGUGUCCUUGCACAGACUGGACAGUCUUGGACACAACCUCGGAUUUUGCACAACAAACUGCUCGGAAAGUAGUGGAAUUCAUCAACGACUACGUGCUCAAGCAACUGAAAAAUUACAAAAAAGAAUCUCUGCCUUCGGAGACGUGCGUGACUUUGGCUUUGGACACGGUUUCGCAAUUCAUCAAACUCCAGGGAACAGCCGCUGAUGGACUCAACAAAGAAAAACCCCGGGGAAACGAAACGGAAUAUUUUGAGCUGUUUUUCACAACGAUUCCCGGAGGAGCUAAAUUCGAAGCCACCGUCAAAAUAAUCGCAGGAUCAACAAGUCCAGAGAUAAACGCAAAAGUCAACUACAGUAAUUAA